UUGUGAGAGUACGCUUUUGUCGCAAAUUUGUGUAUUUUCAAUAGUUCCUAAUUUUGAUUGUAUUUUUGUGGGCAUUUUGUACUUUGUGAAGAUUUUUAAAUAAAUGUGCUGCCUAUAAGUUUUUGUACUAUUAAAAGAACUAGCAUUUGUAAAUUGUGCAAUGGCCUGUUUGUUAUGCCUUGAAGAUGGCACAAUGCCGGCACAGCGUUUCAUUGAUAUUUUCUCUGAUGAAGGUUGCAAAUUAAAUGUCUGCAGCAUAAUUGCUAAGCAUCUCUGGUUAAAACCGGAGAGAGAUAUAUUUUCGGGUCAACGCCUGUGUUGGACCUGCUGGGAAGCUUUGCGUGAUUUCCAUAUAUUCUAUCAACGUGUGGCCGAGGUGCACAAUCGUGCAGAUUGGAAGACUCCCUUUGGCCGUAUUGAGCAAGAGCAAGAGAACGAUCCAUUGCCUCAAGAAAUCCAGCUUAAAUCGGAAGAUGGUACCGUUUCCGAAGAAAAGUUGCAAAAUUCUGUUGAAGAGGGAGGAAAUUUAUUCGACUCAGAAGUAAAAUUGGAGGUUUAUGAUUUAGAUUUAUUACCACAAAUCGAAAUCAUUGAAGAAAACACUACAAUAAGUGAAAGAGCUCAACGAGCAAAACGUCGUGGGCGUCCACCCAAAGAUACCAGUGCAAAACCAUCAACAACUAAACGUAUCAAACGAGAAUCGUCACCGCUGCCACUUGCCAAUGAUGAUGACUCUGAAACCGAAUUGCCUUUAUCUGUCUUAUUUAAUGCAGGCAUCAAGACAGAUAACAGCGAGGAUAUCAAGCGCACGACUGAAGUUACACCCGAAAAAGAGGAGACAAAAACCGAUAAGGAAGUGACAUCUACCCCCAACCCUGAAACACAAAAAAGACGACGUGGUAGGCCGAGAAAAGUACGAAGCGAAGAAGAGACACCUUUAAAGAUCAUGAAGCUCAAGGAUAAGGAAAAAUUUGACAACAAAGAUAAUACCCAAUCAGAAAUAAAAACUGAACAGCCUAUAUUGAAUAGUGACGAAGAUGAUGACGGCAAUGACCAUGACUUCAGCGCUGCCGUCGGUGGUUGCUCUGGAACAGAAGACAGCAUGGACUCCAGUAGCGAAAAUACAGACUCUGGUGAAAGUCUGCCUGACUUCGAACCAAAGCCACAGUAUGCGGUUAUUCCGAAAAAAAAAGUUGUUAAGCCGAAAAAGUAUCGUAAGCGUCCGAAACCGCUUGUGCCCCCUAAACGAAUGUCACGAGAAGAGAUUGAAGCUAAGCGGGCACAACAAGAUGAGUACGAUAGAGUAAUUAGGCAAUUUUUUGGACGAUUUGCUUGCCCGAAGUGCGAGCUGUUGGUACAAAAUUUUGCUGAAAUACGUGGCCAUUUUCGAGCUUCGCAUAACGAGGAUCCGGGAUAUAUGAUGUGUUGCGGACGUAAAUUUCCCCAAAGAAAAGCAUUAGCCGAACACAUAUAUUUACAUUGGAAUCCAGAGCAUUUCAAAUGCACAACAUGUGGUAGGCUUUUCACUGACAGUCGUAACCUGGAGCAACAUGAAGAGGCGCAUGUUAAUCCGCCAGAACCAAAAGAGCGGAAAAUGUUCCAGUGUGACAAGUGUCCGAAAGUAUUUACAACAAAGGCUGCAUUUGAGCACCAUUCCUUUUCAAAGCAUGUGCCCAAGUCCGAGUUUAAAUUUUCAUGUACGCAAUGCAAUAAAAAACUUCCGACACAGCGAAAACUUAAAGACCACAUGAAAUACAAUCAUGAUCCGGAAAGCACAAUCAUAUGCGACAAAUGCGGUAAACAGGUGCGCACUCAGUACUUGAAGAAACACCAUCAGCUGGAGCAUUCGGAGCAACCACGUCCAGUUCCACAACCAAUGCAGUGUCAAAUAUGUGGCACUUGGUUGCGACAUAUGUCUGGCCUUAAACAACAUAUGAAAUCAAUUCAUGAGGAUCCCGGCGGUGAACAUCGUUGUCAGAUUUGUAAUAAAGUUUCGACAACGGCACGCGCGCUCAGGCGUCAUGUUUACCUCAACCAUGAAUGUGAACGAAAGUUCAAAUGUACCAUGUGUGAAAAGGCCUUCAAACGGCCGCAAGACCUUAGAGAACAUACCUCGACACAUACCGGUGAAGUGUUAUACACCUGCCCCAAUUGCCCAAUGACUUUCUUCUCCAAUGCUAAUAUGUAUAAGCAUCGACAGAGAUUGCAUCGUGCUGAAUGGGAAGCUGACAGAAAAAAACCUAGACAUAUAGCAAAUAUUAUGGCUCAGGCUAUGGGUGCAACAGCUGCUUUAAAAGCAAAGCAGGCAGUAGGGGCUACAUCAGCUUUCUUCGCACAAAAAAUUAACACUAGUGGCAGCACGGUUAGCGCAGAAAGAAUUAUCCCCAAUCCGGAACCCAUGCAACAUAAUCUACAAAUGACUAUACAGUAGGAUAAAGCAAUGAGAUUUAAAAAAUGUAUUACUAUCACCAGAAAUAUUUAGAUCUAGUAAAGUAAAUUUAAGUCAAUCCCAAGGUUUUGAACUUGGCUAGUUAUUAAUAAACUGUAUGAGUAUGUGUACAUAUAAAUAAAUACAUGCUUCAAAAGAGUA